UACUCAUUUUUCUUAACAUUUCUUAAAACUUAUGCCGAAUCAAACUUGAACAACAUUUUGCAAACAGGGGGAGUACUACUAAAUCGAAUCGAAUAACAAUGGUCCAAAACUAACCCCAUGUCCAAAAGAGUUGCAACAUGUCACAUUUUCACCAGUCUUCAUUGCUUUUAUUCCCACAAAUCAACCUCAUAUUGUUAUCCAUAACUAUCGUUGCAAAUUGAUAACCACUAAACAAUUACACCAAAAAUCAUCAAUUUGCCAAAAAAUGGCCACCGAUCCGCCGGCGCCGGCGCCGGUGCGCUUCGGCAUCGUUGGCUGCGCCAACAUAGCGCGCAAGGUGUCGCGCGCCAUCCUCCACUCCCCCAACUCCACCAUCGUAGCCGUGGGGAGCCGCUCCGCGGCCAAGGCCGCCGCCUUCGCCGCGGAAAACGGCUUCUACGACGCCGUGCUGGACGACCCCGACGUCGACGCCGUGUACAUACCGCUGCCGACGAGCCUCCAUCGCCUCUGGGCCGUGGCGGCGGCGCAGAGGGGGAAGCACGUGCUACUGGAGAAGCCGGUGGCGCUGAGCGCCGCCGAGCUGGAUGAGAUCCUGGCGGCGUGCGAGUCCAGUAGGGUGCAGUACAUUGAUGCUACCAUGUGGAUGCACCACCCUCGCACGGCCGAGAUGGAGGCCUUUCUGGCCGAUCAACGGCGCUUCGGCCGCCUCCAAGCGAUCCAUAGCAUUUUCUCGUACAAUUGUGGUGGCCAAGAUUUCCUCGAAAAUGACAUCCGUGUAAAGCCGGAUCUCGACGCCCUAGGGGACGCCGGGUGGUAUUGCAUCCGGGCGAGUCUUUGGGCGGUCAACUAUCGCCUCCCAAAGACCGUUACCGCUCUCAAAGAUGCAGAGUUGAACGAAGCAGGGGAGAUCUGAUGAUUCCGCGAAUUUUUGAUGUUAGUAAAAGCACGUAAAAAUAAAUUACGACACAGAGAAUUUUACGUGGUUCGAUUUACUGAGGUAAAUCUACGUCCACGGGGAGA